AUACCAUUUUACAUCAGUGGACUCAUCGGAAAUGUGUUGGUCAUUCGAAUCGUACACAAAACAAGGGAGAUGCACACCCCUACAAAUUAUCUUUUAGCUAGCAUGGCCGUUAGUGAUGUCUUCACCAUAAUGAUGUUUGCUGCUUACAGGUUUGUCUUAAGUCAACAUAUACUUGAUGAAAAAAACGGGAACUUGGUUUGCAAGGCAGCGGUCCUCAUUACAACGUUCGCAAUAGUUUCUGCCAUUACUCUUACUGUGCUAGCCGUAGAAAGAUACAACGCUUUGCUCAAGCCUUUAAGAACGGGAUUACGCUUAAAUAAAGACAAUGUUAAAAAGGCCAUCGCUCUACUUUGGGUGACAAGUGUUCUCGUAUCCUUCCCGUCUGUCUUCUUUCAAGAAUUCGAACCCGUCGUUCCAUAUGUGUUGGUCCACGGGAUUCAAAUAUUGAUCUAGCGUUGAAGAUAUACUUGAUUUUACAUACCGCCAUGUUUUUAAUACAAUCGGUGGUCAUGGUAUUUUGCUAUCGUUCCUUGAUCAGAGAUCUCUACUUCACCAACACAGUUUGCCAAGAAACUGAAACCACUGAUGGCGAGAGAAGCUCGGAGAAGAAAAAACUUGUUACUACAUUCCUUCUAGCGACUGUCGGGUUUUUGAUCGGUUAUGUACCUUCCAUGGCCUUCUACACAGUUGUUGCAUUUCAAACCAACGCGAAUAUAGGUAUGAGCCUCUUCUCUGACCUCGAGAAUGCGUUUCAGUUUUUUGUUUGGCUGCAGUCUAUGUUUACGCUUUUCGAAGUGCCCGUUUUAGGGAGGGAUUCAGACGGGUUCUAACAAGUUGUCGGAACCCAACAUCACAGGAUGACGACAUUCAGUGAUUCAGAUCCUUUUUUUUAAAGUCCCUAUGUGAAGUCCAAGAAAAGAUGAGGUCCGAGAACUUCGCAGCAACACAAACAAUAGGACUUGACAAUGCUGAAUAACAUAUUCAAAUGAUCAUGAUGCCGAUUUUUCUGUUUGUUCCUGUUCUUAUUUGUGCACUUCAUUCUGGGACGAUCCUUGCAGUUUGGAGAAAACCAGAGAAAAAAUUAAGUGAUCAUAGAAAACCAUAGGUUCUUCUGCUUUCAUAGAUCGAGAGAUAAGUAGAUUGAUAAAACCUCCGCUUUUAUGUACAUAAAGGUAAAGCUUCGCCAGUUCGAGAUACAAUAGUCAGUGACGAUACUCCAAGCCCCGUUAGUGAUGUCUACGACCCAGCGCUGAAAUCCUUGUUCUGAGCCGCUAACGGACUCAAUGAAUUACCACAAAUGCAUUUCGAGUUUCCCUUCAACCUGAUUGGGAAGUAUGACAAUGGUAUUUUGAUUUUGUAAAGUCCAAUCAUGGCGCAUACUCAAACCCGAAAGGGAGAGGGGGGAGGGGGGGGUUGGGGGAGCAGGACAAGGAUUUCGCACCCCUACAAAUUAUCUUUUAGCUAGCAUGGCCGUUAGUGAUGUCUUCACCAUAAUAAUGAUUGCAGCUUACAGGUUUGCCUUCAGUCAACAUGUACUUGAUGAAAAUUUCGGGCACUUGGUUUGCAAGGCAUCGGGCCUGAUUACAACCUUCAUUACAAUCUUCGCAAUAGUUUCUUCCGCUACUCUUACUGUGCUAGCCGUAGAAAGAUACAACGUUUCGCUCAAGCCUUUAAGAACGGGAUUGCAAUUAAGUGAAGACAAUAUAAAAAAAGGCCGUCGCUCUCAUUUGGGUGAUAAGUGUUUUUGUAUC